AUGUUUAAUAUUUCUAAAUCAAUAUCGUCAAAUGUUAUUGAUGAUAUAACAACAAUAUCUACAUCAUUAUCAUUAUUCGAUGAAAACAUGUCAGUAUUGAUAAAUGAUCAAAGCUCAUUAAAAUAUAGCAAUUUAACAUGUACACAAAUCAAAUAUGAAUACGUUUCACAAAAGUCUUUAUUUAAUUUUGUUCGUUAUGUAACACAUAAUUUAAAUAGAUUUUUUAUUUUACCAGCAAUUAUUUUAAAUCUAUGUGCCUUUUAUAUCUUACGGCGUACACGUAUGAAUCGUUCAUCAUCUAUAGCAUUUUACAUGCAAACAUUAGCAUUAUGUGAUGUAGCAUUUUUUGCAUUGAGAGUUCUUUUUGGCGAGUUAUCAAGUUUAUCAGCUAAUAAACAUAUAUUAACAACUGGCUUAUGUAAAUUCCUUUUUUUAAUGGUAAAUGCAGUCAAUUAUACGACUGUAUGGCUUAUUGCUGCUAUGAAUGCAGAUAAAUUCCUUGCUGUAUGUUUACCAUUACGUGUAUCUGAUUUGUUAUCACGAAAAAAAGCGUAUGCUGUCGUCAUAACUGUUAUUAGUUGUUCAAUGUUGAUUGCAUCUGUACAUGCAAGUCGAACUGUAUUAAAAAAUAAUUCCUAUUGUUGGCUUAAAACAUCACAAGAUGAAAAACUCGUUUUUAUUCUCGAUGCAUUUAUUUGGUGCUUUAUUCCAUUUAUUGUUAUAUCUAUAUUAAAUGCAGCAAUAUUUCUUACUUUAUUUCGAGCACGCCGCGAAGCAACACAUUUACACGAAACAACAGCAGGCAUUACACAAACGUCAAAAAGUCAAUUUGCUUCAACGGUAAAUAAUCGUACACGUGUUCAAUCACAAAAUAUUCAGAUAACUAUAAUGCUAAUAACAAUAUCAAUAUCAUUUUUUGUUUUAACAUUACCAAAUGCUAUUUAUUAUUUACUCAUAUUUUUACGUGUUUUUAUUGAAAGUUGGAAAGCAGUAAAAUGUGAUGCAAAUGUAUACCGAAAUCUUGAUACAUACGUAAAAACAUCAGCUGUUAUGUAUCUUAUAUCGAAUAUAACAUCUGAUUUAAUGCAUGUGGUAAAUUUUUUUCUUUAUUUUAUAAGUGGUGUAAGAUUUCGUGCUGAAUUUCGUCGUUUAAUAUUUCAUCGAUUAUGUAAUCUGUGUUAUAAACAAAAAAAGAAUCGCUUCGGAAAAGAAAGAAAAUAUAAUCAACGUUCACUUUUACGUACAAAUGGUGUAGCAGCAGUUCGUGUAUUAUCAUCAUUACCUGGUGACAUGAAACAGCGAUGCGUAACGAACGAUAAGAAUUAUUUAACAUCAAUCAAAGAUAAACAAACAGUUACACAUUUAUCAUCAACAAAGAAUGGUGUGCUCACUGAAAGUUUAUUAACAUCUGUAGGAAGUCAAUCGCCCAGAAAUCAAUAUAAAGUCAUUACUUUGAAAACUGAUGACAAAAUUGAAAGGGAUAAUCUUCUUCAUGAUGAAUAG